CGCCGGCCGCCCGUUGACUAUCCAUCCAUCUAUCCCUCGCUCCCCGGCGUCGCUAGGGAAAUCCUUCACCCGUUCGCGAGUUUCUUGUGGGUCUCUUGGCGCCUAAUAGAAAUUUAUGACAAAUUUCUUGUCUGGACAAUAAGAGACAUCCUCUAAGGGCAAUUAGCAGCGCUCUAUAAAAGAGCGCGAAUACUUGACCGGGCGACAGACUCUUUCUCACCGUGUUACGAUGGAGACGCCGGUCGGUAGCGCGUGCGGUUGUGGUCUAGCGAAGACAUGUGCGUUACUGGGCCAAAUGGCCCAAGAUGCCCACCUCCGCAAACUUGCCGAGGCAAUCAAUCCCCAGUCGCGACGGAGGAGAACCAGCAGCAACACCAAACCGUUCCCGGUCCGAGGUGACCGAACGAAUUAUGUCAACUUGCCGCAUGUCAUCGCGAUGGUGGGUUUGCCUGCUCGAGGCAAAACCUACAUCGCAAAGAAACUCACUCGUUACUUGAACUGGAUUGGAAUCAGUACCAGAGUCUUCAACGUGGGAGAAUACCGUCGUCAAGCCACCGAAGCCUACAAGAGCCAUGACUUUUUCCGGCCAGACAACACGGAGGCCAUGGCAGUCCGUAGCAAAUGCGCUCUCGACGCCCUUGAAGACAUGUGCAAAUGGCUCGAGAACGAAGAAGGCGAGGUUGCCGUGUAUGACGCCACGAAUACCACGAAGGAUCGAAGGAAGCUCAUACAUGACGUCGUCUGCGAACGCUACGGCUUCAAACUGUUCUUCGUCGAGAGCUACUGCGACGAUCCGAACAUCAUCGAAGCGAACAUUCGCGAAGUCAAGGUCAACAGUCCCGAUUACAAGGGCUACAUGAAUCAAGACAAAGCCCUCGAGGACUUCAUGCAGCGAAUCCACCACUACGAGCUCUGCUACGAAAGUCUCGACGAAUCGGAGAACUACUCAUUCCUCAAGCGAAAUCGGGGCAGAAUGGAACAGGAGCAGGUUAGCAACGCGCGGGAUCACGCAGGGGUCUACAAUACGGGACAGAAAGUUGUCGUCCACCGACACGAAGGCCAUAUCCAGUCCAGAGUCGUGUACUAUCUCAUGAACAUUCACAUCAUGCCGAGGUCCAUCUACCUCACGCGGCAUGGCGAAAGUGAACUCAAUCUGCAAGGCCGUAUUGGCGGCGACGCUGAUCUCUCCGCGAGAGGCUGGGAAUAUUCCAGAGCGUUGGCGAAGUUCAUAAAAGAUCAAAACAUUCCGAGACUCCGAGUUUGGACUUCCCAGCUCAAGAGAACCAUCCAGACAGCCGGAGGCAUCGAUGCGCCCCAGGAGAGGUGGAAGGCACUGAACGAAAUCGACGCGGGAAUUUGCGAAGAAAUGACCUACGAGGAAAUUCAGGAGAAAUUCCCCUCCGAGUUCGCCGCUCGGGACCAAGACAAGUUCCAUUACCGCUAUCCUCGCGGCGAAUCGUACGAGGAUCUCGUCGCGAGGCUCGAGCCCGUCAUCAUGGAGCUGGAGCGUCAGGAGAACGUUCUCGUGGUCGCUCACCAGGCUGUGCUCCGGUGCCUUCUCGCCUACUUCCUCGACAAGAACUCCGAGGAACUGCCGUAUUUGAGGGUUCCACUUCAUGCUAUUCUGAAGCUGACGCCAUUGGCCUACGGCUGCGAUCUACAAGUGUUCCAGAUCCCGAUUGAAGCCGUCGACACCCACCGCGACAAACCUUCGAACGAAGAAUCGACCGAGCAAGACUCAAACCAACCCUUAGUUUAGCACAAGAAUGUGCAGACAAACCGUGCAGCGCAAGAAGCCUUGGCGACGGUGCCUCCGCACUUCUGAAAAUGAAGAUGACAUGCGCUCGUUGCCGCAAGAUGCAACUCUUCCAGCGUCGUAAAAUGAAGGACGGAGGAGUUGUUACAACCUAGUAUUAGUCGGUAUUCGAUAAUCCGAUUGGGAGUGGUAGUUCUACUAAAGUACUUGCUCGGCUCACCUCGUCGUGCAGACUCGUCUACAUUCGUUGAUUGUUAUUCAAAGCCCGACAUCAAACAACCAUGAGCUGAACCAUAGGUUGCUGCUUAUCUUGCUUUGUGAUAGCAAGACGGCCGUCGUAUCAUAAGUUCAUUCCAUGUUCACACUUUAGCCAUGUGUUGGACUUAUCAUCAUGACAAUUGUCUUCAUCUGCGGGAGUGUUCCGACCGCAAACGAAUCUUAUGAAGUUGUUCCAUAGACGCUCCCACAAGAUGGUGUUCCGAACAAGAAUACCUCCAUGGAGCGUUACCUGUUGAUACUUAGUCGACUUCCAUCGAUGAGAAUCAUCAAGGAAGCUCCAAGUCGCGUUGGAAUGAUUCUCCCCUUGCAUCGGAGACUUCGAAUGAUAUCACUCCAGGAGUGAUGAUCUUCUCGAGUCAUUCUACCAAACACAGUGUUCGACAAGAUGAGUGUUUCGCAAUAUAGUGGAAUGAGGAUCCUUAUGAAAAAUUUUUAAACUCGUUGGGGGCUGCGGAGCUUGAAAAUGUACUCCGAUUAAGUGUGCCUCAAUCGGGGUGGAGUUACUGUUUGUUCGCAGUGAAAAUACCAAUCAUGAAUCAGCUCGAGCAGGGAACGUCCAGCAUAGAGCCAGAACAAUAAAUGACGGAAUAUCUAUCCG